AUGGAAGCUAUUGUUUACACAUUUUUACUUGUAGGGACUCUUGGAAUUAUUUUCUUCGCGAUUUUCUUCCGUGAGCCACCUCGUAUUGCAAAAUAA